AAAUAUAGGCUACUGUACGAACAUAAUUAAGUAAGGGACGUACAAUUUAACAAUAAGUCUGUAAAAAUGAUAAAUUAUAGUCACUGCAAGAGUGUCACAGUUCUUGUUCUCCUAGUUCUAACACCUGCACGCUCAGUGGAGAAGAGAAUUUUACUUGAAGGCAAUGCUUUGGACGAGCUUCGUGCAGUGAUUUCAGAGGUCGAGCAUCUGAAAACGAAAAUAAGUUCACUUGAGACGCAGCUACAGCAUACAGAUUCUGGAUCAUCGUAUAUCAGAUGGGGACGUACAUCCUGUCCGACAGAUAAUGAGCUAGUCUACAAAGGUUACGUUGCGGGAUCAGAUAACAUAGCUACUGGGGGUGCAGCGAACUGGUUGUGUCUCUCGGAACAACCACAAUGGGGAUACUACGAAGACAAUAUUGCAUCGGGUGCACGAAUAUACGGAGCAGAAUAUCAGUUCAGUGAGUACCAUUACAAUGGGGGCAGUAAAUACUUCAAACAAAAUUUACAUGACGAGGAUGCUCCAUGUUCAUUCUGCAGAUCUUUGCGUUCAAGUGUAGCAAUGUUCCCUGGACGUCUUGAGUGUUUUUCUGGUUGGACAAAAGAGUACAGCGGAUAUCUUGUUUCUGGUGCUCAUGGUCAUAAGUCUGCCUCUGAAUAUAUAUGUCUGGAUAGUGAUGCUGAAAUGCUUGCUGGCGGAGUAGCCAACACAGAUGGACGGGUUAUUUACCUUGUAGAAGGAAUAUGUGGUACAUUGAAAUGCCCGCCAUAUAUCCAAGGUCGUGAGCUAACGUGUGUUGUUUGCAGCAAAUAACUUGAUAUUAUUAAAACAUUAUUGUUUUCAACUAGCAGAUGCGAAAGACAACUAAUUUUAAAGUAUCUGAAAUAAUACUUUGUAAUACAUGACACUCGAAUUCGAUUACUUUAUUGGACAUGAACAUAAAAAACAUUAUGUCAAACCGGAGAUUUUAUUACCUCCGCAUUAUCAAUCAGCUGCUUUAAAAUGCUAAAUGAACAGCCGUCUUCGACUAUUAAAACUGACCCUGCAAAAUGUUGUCAUGAUCGUUACUGAAAUGUGUCAUUAAUUUCUUUUAGAUUUUAAUCUUUGUGAACAGAUGCACGUCAAAAUUUGACGAUUUUCGUUGACAUAAAACCCUAUUGUUUUCGAUGCACAAUUGAUUAAAAACAAUCACCUUGUAUUAUUUCCACGAAUUGUUGACAAAAUGACAUGAUUUUGACGUUAAAGAAAAACGUAAUAUAAUUUUUUAUGUGGGUCAUAACACAAUCAAAUUAAUAAAAAGAAUCAGGGAAUGACGAUGUGGAUAUAAAUAUAUGGUUUUACAAACGGAAAUAUAUAUCUAAUUGUAAGAAUGGUUUUCAACAAAUCUGCUUUUAGCACGUUUUUUUUCUUUAAAUAACUGCUCAAAAAACAAGAGGAUGCUUUUAACAAAUAAACACUUAAUUAUCAGAUUUUAGUAUAAAAUCAUAAAUUUAUUAUAAAUAAUAAUUUUUCCAGUUCAUAAUACUGCAGUCUCUAGAAAGUCUCUUCUCGUGAAUAAUGGGAAAAUCCUCUUAUCAUAUUUCAUUUCCUGAUUUUCAAUAAUUAAGAAUUUACAAACAUUUUUCCUGAGUGUAUUGAUAAUGGAAUAAUUCACUGUUUUUUUAUCGAUAUUGCUUUCCUAGUUAUCCCAAAGAUUUGUAUACCG